AUGAGUGAUUUCAUCGAGAUCCGAAACGACUCCGGUCUCAGCGUCUUUGUACUUCCCUACGGAGCAACCUUGGCUUCAAUCCAAUUUCCAGCCAAAGAUGGGAAACCAAUCGAUCUGAUUUUGGGUUUUGCGACGAAGGAAGGUCUAUCAAAAUCAAUUUUUGAAGAAAAAUGUUUUUUUGAGACUACGAAAAGGACACGGCAUACAUUGGUCGGACCGUUGGAAGAGUGGCGAAUCGAGUGAAAAAUGCCGAGUUCGAAUUUCAAGGAAAGAAGUUUGAAUUGGAGGCGAAUAAUCCGCCGCACAGCCUUCACGGUGGAUCGAAAGGCAUCGCUUUUGUGCGUUUUUGGGGGCUUUAUGAGCAAUUUUUGUGUAAAAAUCAUGUUAGAAAGUUACAUGAUUUUUUCCGUUUUGGUGUAACUUCAUUAGAAAUUACGAAGCUUCUCAACACCGCGAAAAUAUGAUAUCGUAUUACUGCUGGCAUUAAAUUUCUCGAAGCGAUUACGGUAAGGAAGUCCGCAAGCACAAUAAACACAUAAACUUAGAAUUUUACGCGCAAAGUCUACAAAUUUUUUUUCUUUUUUUUUCUCGAUUAUCCUUUAAACUGAAGUGAUUAAAAACAUAAAAGUAUUUUGUGAGUUAGAUUAGCUUAGUAAAGGAAUUAAAUUUUCUUGAUGUUCUACAAGGAAUCUUUUUUUCAUGAACUUUGUAAAAAAAUUUUUGAAAAAAAUUUUUUUCUAGAAAGAAUGGGAAGUCGUGAGGCACUCAAACAAGUCGGUUUCUCUGCGAGUAAAAGUCGACGACGAGUCCGACGGAUUUCCCGGCGAUGCUAUCAUUGAAGUUUGCAUAGAUUUUUGAGUAAAAUUAAUUUUUCUCGAAAUUCAGGUUACCUACACGGUAAACGAUAGGAAUCAACUCGUGAUCGAACAUUUCGCGACGUGUACCAAGCCAGGAGUUUUAGCUCUCACUAAUCAUGCUUAUUGGAACUUGGAUGGAAGUGUUAGUUCUAGGAAAAAUAUUGUCUUCAGGAAGAUUAGAAAGCAAAUUAAAUAGUUUUCAUUUUGUUCUCUUUAAAUUCAAAAAAUUAAAGUUUAGCUAAAAAUCAAGUGUUUUAACAUAGACCAUAGCUUGCGAAAAUAACCAAAUUUUGAGUGAAUUUUUUUGAGGAAACAAUUAGCGAUCACAUUUUGGAGGUCUCGGCUUCCUCCUACCUUCCUGUUGAUGAAACUUGCUGUCCAACUGGUUAAUUUUGAAAAUAAUGGAGCCUAGCGAAAAUUUCAACUGAUUUAGGAGCGAUUCUAACCGUCCAAAACACCGAUUUUGACUUUAGAUCGCCGAAAUCGCUGGCUUCUCUGGCUGAUGAGGUGAAAGAAAAUUUGAAAAUAGAAAUUAUUAUUUUUUGUUUUAGAACAAGUUGAUAAGGCUGGACAAUGAUUUAUUGUUGGAUCCGGUCAAUCAGUGCUCCCCCCAUUGUGUUAGGUAAGUAUUGAAAAAGAUCUAUUUGAUUAAUUUUUUUCAGAAAAAAAGUUCUAAAACACAUAAUUCAGAAAAAAAUUGAAGGAUUUUUUCAAGAAUAAAAAAAGUCCUGAAACGGUUAACUGAAUAAAGUGAACAAUUUUUUUAAUUUUUCUUCAAUUUAUUUUUUUGAGUCCAGAAAAAAAGUUUAAGGAACCAUAUUUCAUUCAACAAAUGGAUCUUUAAUAAUCAAAAAAUCUUUUUUGCUAGGUUGAGAUCCGACGUUUCGGGGAUCCAGCUUGACAUCAGUACAUCCUAUCCAGUUGCUCAUUUAUACGCUGGAGAAUUCCUUCAAACAACUGGCAGAAACGGCGUUUCGUAUGGACCGAACAAGGGAUUUCUAUCGAAGCUCAGUUUCCUUCAGCUGCUCUUAAUUUCGUGAGUUGGGAACGUCGGAAAAUGUGUGAUCAAGCCGUUUUUCUUUAUUAUUGUAAAGAAAGACAUUUUUUUAUUUUAUUAAAUUUCAAUCAAUAAUCUAUAUUCCGGAGAUUUUUCAAAAAAAUCCAACUUUUUCUUACUGAUUUACGAGGUUCACUUCGCAAUGAAUCCCUUAGAUUUUAAAAGUAUUCAUUGGUUUUCCAGGUAAAGUUCAAGAUUAAUAACUUACCUUUGAAAAAAAGGUAAGAUUAAAGCUGCAAAAAGCGGAAAAAAGGGGUUCAAAUGAAGCGGAAGCGAAAGAAUAGGCGCCUGAAGAGACGCCAGAGAAAAAUGAAUGUUCUAACUUCUCUGGCGUCUCUUCAGUCAGUAAUGCUCUCUCGCUUUGGCCCAUCUUUUCUUUGAACUUCAGUUAAUUAUUGAAGAGACGAAGAGAAAAAGAGGUUCUCUAACUUCUCUGCGCUCUCUUGAGAACACUAUUGCUCUUUCUCUUUCUCUCAAAGACACAUUUCUUUCUUAUUUCUAGUUCACUAUACUAAAAACACGCAAAAAAAGACAUAACUUCUCUGGCAUCUCUUCAGGAGCCUAUUGAUCUCUCACUCACUUUUCUCAUUAAAAAUUCUAUAGUUUAUAGAAAAGAUAUUAUUUCAUCAUUUUCGACCUUUCCAGAAAAAUUUCGCAGACGUGUUCAUGGAGCCGGGUCGACAAUACUGCCAAGAAGUCGUACACACUUUUUCUUGUAUAUAA